AUAAAGACAUUGCACAAAAUAACAUUACCAACAGCUAUUAAAUCGUUUUUUAGCUUCUACCAUCUUUGCAUUAAUAAUUUGUAAUAAUAUUAGUGCUGUCAAAGUUAACGCGUUAAUUUUGGCGAUUAAUUUUAAACAUUUAAUGCAUUAAUUUUGAACGCAAUUAACGUGGUUUUGUUUAGUUCCGGUGGCGGCUGACCUUUGGUCACGUGCGCGGGCAAACCGGCAAACAUUUAUCCUAACUAGAGCAGAGUCUUUGGCGGAAAGAUGUCUAAGGAAGGACUAUUAGGGGGAACGUUUCAUUUUAAAAAGUUGCCCGACGGCUCGUUGGACAAAGCAAAAGCAAUUUGCAGUUUGCAAAGCCGAAUUUAGUUACCACAGAAGUAACACGUCUUUAGCGUAUCACUUCAAAGCAAAGCACCCUACUGAAAUUACCUCCACGGGACCGCGCCAGUCUACACUACAGGAGUGUGGCACUCGUGGGCGAAUAACGAAACCUGUAACUGAAAAGUUAACCAAUUCCUUGGUUACUUGGAUAGUUAAAAAAAACUGCCGCCCAGUUAGCACAGUAGAGGAUGAUGGACUGAGAGAAGUAAUUUGUGUUGCAUCGGGAGAUACCUCUUAUAAUUUACCCUCGAGAGGAACCAUCGUAUCAAGAAUACACACGUUGUAUGAGGAUCAGAGGGCUCAGCGGACGAACAUUCUUGAGCAAGCAAAGCACAUCGCUGUCACAGGUGACCACUGGACGUCUGUCAACAACGAUAUUUAUUUGGGCGUCACGGCGCAUUUCAUUGAUCAAGACUGGACUCUGCAGUCGUUUGCACUUACUGUGAGUAAAACCGAGGAGCGACAUUAUGCCGAGGCAUGUGCUAACCAUUUUCUGGAUGUUGCAAACGAAUGGGAAAUCAAGGAAAGGUUGACCACACUCGGCACUGAGUGCCCGUAACAUGGUAGCUGCCGCGAGGCUACUUCCAUUUGAACACCUGCCUUGCAUGGCCCACUCUCUGCAAAGAACGGUCACAGUCUCACUUAAAGACAGUGGAUCUGAAAGUGUUCUGGCCCAAUGUCGCAAGAUUGUCGGGCACUUUAAGCAUAGUCCAUCUAACGCUCAGGAGUUAAACGAACAGCAGGUUGCACACGGACUUAAGCAAGAAUCACUUGCUCAGGACGUUGCAACAAGAUGGAAUUCUACACUGGAGCUGGUAAAGAGGAUGCAGAGAAACAAAUCUCCACUGACCACUACCCUGGCGCAGCAAAAGAGCAAGGUUGCCAUGUUGACUGACCAGGAGCUUGCCAAACUGCAAAAGCUGGAGGAACUACUGGAACCUUGCAGAUAUGUGACUGAACUGCUGGGGGGAGAGCAGUAUGUCUCCUGUUCAGUGGUCUUGCCAGCCUUACGCCACUUGUUCAGAGUUAUGGAGCCCUCAGACGAUGAUCCAGUUUAUGUUCUGAGGUUCAAGAAGGCCUUUACCACAGACCUAGCUCAACGGAAGGAUACCAACCUCAAAUGGCUGAAGAUCACUACUGCCCUUGACCCUAGGUUUAAAGACCUUAAGUGCCUUCCAAAAGAUGAAAGGAGUGAGGUGUGGGCUUCAGUACGUGACCUGAUGAUGAGAGAGACACCAGCCCAACAACCAGCUGCUGAGACAACAGAGGAGCCGUCACCAAAGAAGAAGAGGAGGAUGUCCAUCUUGCUGUGUUCUUCUGAUUCAGAUACAGAUGACGAGGAGGAAUCCAUAGAGCAUUGUCUGGAUUGCUACAAAGCAGAGCCAAAAAUGGACAUAGAAGGGGGGUCAAAGAGAGAGGGAGCACAUGCCAGGCUGGCACCCAUUGCACGCAAGUACCUGUCAACCCCUGCAACCACUGCCUUGUUAGAGGUUGUUCUCACUCUCAGGCCACAUUAUUCAAAAGAAGCGAGUUUCUUUGUCCCCUGAGAACGUAAACAAACUGGUCUGCCUCAGCAACUGGCUGAAAGUAAAGAAGGACUAA